GAGAGCAUGGCCGCAGGAGCCGGAGCGCUGCACACUUUUGGUUCGCUUCCUCCACAGUGAUAACACACCGCUUUCUCGUGCGCUCUCGGGUGAUGCUGCGGAGCCGCGCGCCACGGAACAUUUAACCCGGAGAUCGUGUGCGGAGAUCUGUGUUUUUCAUUUACUGCGUGCGUUGUUGCUCGGCACGGCAGAAGCGCUCGUGCUUGCCGAGGGUUCAGCCGGAGCUAAAGCUGCUGCUGCUUUAAGUCUUCUUAUUCUGCUUUUUUUUUUUUUUUUUUAUUUGGAGGGGGCUUCUUGGUUUAUUCCCAGCGAACAGGAGAGACUCUGAAAGCUGGUGAGCGCUACGGCACAAGGACUGCGUUUCUGCUCUCUUUAUCUUUGUAUUGUGGGAAAUUAAUUCUCUGUUGUUUUUUUUUAUUAGAUUAUUUUCUCCGCUGCGUAUAGCUCCUCUCUGGGAAAUCCAAGGCGAGUUGGAGAAAGUGUCCGCUGCGCCGCGCCGGAGUUGAGCCGGAGGAAGAUUGUUCAGGCAGAAAUAGUGUGGACUUGAAGUAUCCUAGAACUGUUAUUUUUUGUUUCAUUCUAAGCGAGUGGAGGAGUGAGCGUGUGGUGCAAAGUUGUUGACCUGACUGACACACCGAGGACUGAGCAAGGAAACGAGAGAGAGAGAUAUUUAGGCUUUUAUUUCUUAGUUCCUAAACACCGAGGAGGGAGCUUCUACAUCUGUGCGGGAAUAAAACGCGUCAAGUGGACAUUUCACCAACCACUUCCAACAGAAGCCUUUACAAAGCCGAGCCAGAGGAGAGAAAAAGAGAGAGAGAGAGAGGCUGGAAUCAACCUUGGCUUCCCCGGAGUUCCAGAGCCAAUAUGCCGCAGGUGGAAAUGAUCCUCCUCUUCCUCACGCUCAUCUUUGCGAUGUGUGUGUACGGCCAGGACCCGGCUUCCAAGGUGGUGACGGACCGCUACGCCGUGUACUGGAACCGCACCAACCCCAAGUUUUACCGAGGUGAUUACCACAUCGACGUAUGCAUCAACGACUACCUGGACGUCUACUGCCCGCACUACAUCGGCCCGGUGUCUGACGAGCGGGCCGAGCGCUACGUCCUCUACAUGGUGAACUACGACGGCUAUAGCUCCUGCGACCACACCGCCAAGGGCUUCAAACGCUGGGAGUGCAACAGGCCUCUGUCGCCCAACGGACCGCUGAAGUUCUCCGAGAAGUUCCAGCUCUUUACUCCCUUCUCCUUAGGCUUUGAGUUUCGCCCUGGCAGAGAGUAUUAUUAUAUCUCCUCCAUCACUGACGACAAGGGAAGAAGAAGCUGCCUUCGACUUAAAGUCUUCGUCAGGCCUCAGAACAAUUGUGUGAAAAACUCUGGGACCGUGCAGGAAGGGGUCGAUUUCGAGGACAACAAUCACAAUUCUCUAGAACCCAGAGACGGCAUCGGUCACGAGUCGCCAGAGCCGGCGAGAAGGGAUGUGAACUCUGUCGGUCGGCGCCAGACUUCCGUCCUGCUGCUCAGCUUCGCCCUCAUACUCCUGGCUGCCAUCUUGUCUUUAUAGCGCCCAGCCUGAGGAAUGGAUUGUCCUGAUUGGACCACAGGCCGCCCUACCCUGCAACCCCUCCCCUCAAGGAGCACUUUUAAAAAAAAAUUUAAAAAGAAGAAGAAGAAGAAGAAAAACACUGACAUCUCUCUAGGUGAAACGAGAGAGGAAGGGACUUCGACGCUGAAGCCUUUUGUUGUUUUUUUGGACUUGCCAACAUUGAGUGGUUCUUGACUUUCUGGUGGGUGCUGAUGGACAAGGCGCCCCGAGGUGAAGGAGGCCUAGUCUCUUACUUUUCCGCCUCGCUGCCGUCCACAGUAUGCAGAUUUUCUUUGUUUUAAAGACAAGCACACAUACAUGCUUACAGGCAUACACACAGACACACAGACACACACACACACACAGAACACAAACGACACAAUCAGUACACUCUUUGGCUUGAAUGGUAAAGAAGCACAGCAGGAUCCCGCAAACGUUUACAGACAUUUAACAUUUUAUUAGUGUUCAGGAAAAAAAACGCCACCUAACCCCUUGACAUGUAACAUGAUUAAAUCUCACAUCAAAGUGGAAGAGGUUUCGAAGAAGAUCCGGGAGCGAAGCAUCGCGCACAGGCCAACGGAAAGGAAAAGGAGAAGGAUGUUGUUGCUAGGAGACUGGUGCCAAAGGUGUGGGGGGUAUGUGGUGGGCCUUUGAUGACUUAACCUUCCUCUCAGGUUAAAAAGGAGUCGGAUGUCAGACUGCGGAGGACCCAUGUUGAGAGUGAAAAAAAAGAAAAUUUCAUCUUUUAGUGUUGGGAUAGAGCCGGUUUAACGAUCGGUUAAUGUGGUCUUUGUUUUUUUUUUAAUAAUCACCUAAUUCAAUUGUAGCAGCCAUCACGGGUGUACAGUAAAAUAUUUGAACGGAGCGUAGAAGUGCGUACGGUAUUUUGCCAGGCAAAAUGUAUUUUCCUAUUUAUUGUGAAGUACUCGUGCUUUCUUUCUGUUCUGGUUUUAGUCUGCAAAGUACAAACAGUAGAAAAGGCAAUAAAAACAACUCCACUUACCCAUUAAGUUACUUCACAUAUUACACCGUUUUUUGAUACAAUCAUACAAAAAACACUGAGUACAGUUUAUGUAUCUGUUUGCUGAUGAUGGUCUUUUAAAUGUUUUUAACAAAGUCCAGGAAGAAGAAGAAGGAAAAAAAAAAAAAAAAGUCUGAUGUGCUAUCAGGGUGUAGAAAUCAUAGAAUGUUUGUGUUUGGAUUUUGUCAUUAAAAAUGUCACAAAUGUAGUUUUACUAUUACACUAUUGCUUUUGUGGAUCACUGUCAUAACACGACUAUUGUAUAUAGAGACAAAUUUCCUACAAAGUUCAGGGAUGUGUCCAUGCCUAACAUGAGGUAAAAAAAAAGUGUUGUUUUUUAACUCACGGGGGUUAAUCUCCCUUCAGAUAAAGCAGCACAAGUUUUGUGUGGCGAUAGAUAUGUUUCAGUGAGACAGUGACGGAGGUGCAGAGCAGGUGGUGGUAGUGUGUGUGAGGGCGGAGGGGGUGGGUGUGCGAUUCAGUUGCCCUCUUUGAUGUCGUGUAAAGUGGCGUGUGUACAGAACACCCUCCUACCGGUUAUUUCUGGAAUGAAAAAAAAUCGACCACCCGCAGAGAUGGAAUAAACAGAGUGAGGUGUCCUGUUCUCUCGGGGCAAACUGAAACUUUGUAGAGCCUCUGCUGAGAUCAACGGUCAUGUUUUCCAAGCACGGACACGCGGUAAACAUAUAUUUUCCACUAGGCUUGUUCAGAUUGGCGAUCCGCUCGACCAUCGACCAUUUAAAGGGACUUGAUGGGUAUGGACCUUUUUUCACACCAGACAUUUUGACUUGUCAUAGCAGGAAAAGCCCAGCUGAA